CCUCCGAAAAAAUUAUACAUAACUGAUAGCAAGAAUCAACAGAUAUCUGGACUCAUCGGACCAGUUGAAGAGGGAUCUGAUGUCCGUAUUAGUUGUGUAGUGGAAGGGGGCCGUCCGCCCCCGAGUGUGCACUGGUAUCGCGAUAAUGGGCUGAUCGAUGCCUCGGCCACCGCUGGUGACGGAUCUCUUAUUAGGUUCGUGAUGUCAACCCUGAUCAGUUGNGUUUUGUUGGUGAACUUGGACUCCAACUCUUUCCUAUCAAAUGUCAAGUCGUUUGACUCGAUAGCUCUUUGGCUGCUAAGUGUCCGGAGGGGCACAUAG